AUGAAGUACGUUGUUGUAUCAGGUGGUGUUAUUUCCGGAAUUGGUAAAGGUGUUUUGGCAUCAUCUACUGGGUUACUUUUCAAAACAUUGGGAUUGCGAGUCACUUCCAUCAAGAUUGAUCCUUAUAUGAAUAUUGAUGCCGGUACUAUGUCCCCCUUGGAACAUGGUGAAUGUUUUGUAUUAAACGAUGGUGGUGAAGUUGAUUUAGAUUUGGGUAAUUAUGAAAGAUAUUUGAAUAUUACUUUAACCAAGAACCAUAAUAUCACCACUGGUAAGAUUUAUUCCAAAGUUAUUGAACGCGAGAGGAAAGGUGAUUAUUUGGGUAAAACGGUGCAAGUUGUUCCUCAUAUUACCAAUGCUAUUCAAGAGUGGAUUGAAGAUGUGUCGAGAAUCCCUGUGGAUGAUACUGGAUUAGAACCUGAAGUUUGUAUAAUUGAAUUGGGAGGUACUGUAGGUGAUAUUGAAAGUGCUCCGUUUGUUGAAGCAUUGAGACAGUUUCAAUUUAGAGUUGGUAGUGGUAACUUUGCCUUGAUUCAUGUUAGUUUGGUUCCUGUUAUCCAUGGGGAACAAAAGACUAAGCCUACACAAGCAGCCAUUAAAGAUUUGAGAAGUUUGGGAUUAACUCCAGAUAUGAUUGCUUGUAGAUGUCAAGAGGAAUUGCAACGUCAAACUAUUGAGAAAAUUGGUAUGUUUUGUCAUGUUGGUCCUGACCAAGUUAUUGCUGUUCAUGAUGUCAAUUCAACUUAUCAUGUGCCACUCUUGUUGAAACAACAAAAGAUGAUGAAUUAUUUGACGACAAAGUUAACCAUUGGCAAAGUUGACCCGCAAGCAUUGGCAAAAGGUGAAGAAUUGUUGAAUAAAUGGAGACAUUUAACCACUGCUCAUGAUAAGUCAUUUGAAACUGUUACUAUUGCCUUGGUUGGUAAAUAUACCAAUUUGCACGAUUCGUAUUUAUCAGUGAUUAAAUCAUUGGAACAUGCAUCAAUGAGGUGUAAUAGAAGAUUGAAAAUUGAAUGGGUUGAAUCAACCAAUUUAGAAGAAGGUAAAAAGGAGGAAAACCUUUCCGAGUAUCAUAAAGCUUGGCAUUAUGUUUGUCAAGCUGAUGGAAUAUUGGUUCCUGGUGGGUUUGGAUCUCGUGGUAUUGAAGGUAUGAUUGCUGCUGCUAAAUAUGCUCGAGAAAACAAUAUUCCGUAUUUGGGAGUUUGUCUUGGAUUACAAAUUGCCGUUAUUGAAUUUGUUCGAAAUGUUAUUGGAAUUGCCAAUUCUACAUCUCAGGAAUUUGAUGAAUAUAAAGAAGAACAGGGCAUCACCCCUUCGGUGGUGUAUAUGCCUGAUGUUGAUCAAGUGAAGUUGGGAGGCACAAUGAGAUUAGGUAUUCACGAAACGAAAUUUUCACCUGAUUCACAAUGGAGCAACUUGCGUAAAUUAUACGGUGGUGCUGAUGCCGUGUAUGAAAGACAUAGACAUAGAUAUGAAGUCAACCCCGAAUUGAUUCGACAAAUUGAAGAACAAGGGUUGAAAUUUAUUGGACGUGAUGAACUGGGCAAUCGAAUGGAGAUGAUUGAAUUGGAUCAUCAAUUGCAUAAAUUCUUCAUUGGUACUCAGUAUCAUCCUGAGUAUUUGUCCAAAGUGUUGGAUCCAUCGAGACCGUUUUUGGGUUUAGUUGCUGCGUCAGCAGGGAUAUUGGAGGAUGUAUUGAGUAGAGAUGACUUGAAUUAUAAAGGGGAGUUUUAA